AUGACUGAAGUACCUGCAGCACAACCAGAUACCCGUUUUCUAAUUACCUGGGGGGGGGGCGAGAUGGCCCAAGUGGUUAGAGCGCGAAUUUACCGACCGGAAGCUCCGUGGCUUGGGCAACCUGGCAGCAUCCCAGCCCUCGUGCUUCCUUCGGGUGGCAUGACAACUAGGCACCAGAAAGGUGCUACAGCUGAACAGAACGGCUGUAACGCUCUUUCAGUGCAUAGCUGUCAAGCCAUCCGAAGGAAUCACGAGGGUCGAUUUGUUGUCAGGUUACCCAAGCCUGGACAGGAGCAUUCCAGAUGCAGAUGUCGGGUUCGAACCACGGACCUCCCAGGGGCAUUGUCAUCGGCAUAUUCGAUUUCGGUGAGCGAACGCCCCGAGAGUAUUGUGAAGCUAGAAGCGUUAGAGGUUGGCAAAGAAGACUUGAGCAGCAAGUCAACUAACAAAUUAAACAAGAGGAACAAGGGACUUCUCCGCCUCCCACCACUGGAUGAGGCGAACUUAGGACAGAAGUUGCCGUCUGUCAGUGGACUUUUAAUUGGGGGGUUGGGAAGGGAGAUAUGCAUUGGAAUUAAUGGCUUGGAUGCACGAUCACCAUUGAGGGCGCGAUUGGGCCAUAACCCUUCCGGUGCCAAGCUGCCACGCCACCCGAAAGAAGCACAAGAGCAAGCAUAUCGCCAGGUUGCCCAAGUGCUGAACGAUGUAGUGAAUUCGGGCAAGAUGGAUCAGGGAUCAGAGCGUGGAUUUACUGACCAAAAGUUCCAUGGUUCGAACGGGACCUCUGCAUCUCGACAUCCCCUCUCUAAGCUUCAGAAACCUGACAGUAUACCGGCCCUCGUGCUUCCAUCGGGCGGCAUGACAGUUACGCAUCGAAAGGGUACUACAUCACCAUCAUCAUCGACAGCAUGA